AGAAUUAGAAAACAAUCAAUUAUGUCAAUUAACUCAAGAUAUAAAAUUGCUUCAAAUUAUUUACUUGCAACAAGACCAUGGUCUCUUUCAGCUUCUGUUACGCCUGCAUUGUUGGGUAAUUUAAUAGCAAAAACAGAAUUUAACAAUUUCGAUUGGUCAAUAUUUAUGAUUAGUUUACUCUGUGUUGUAUUUGUUCACUGUGGUGGAAAUCUUGUUAACACAUACUAUGAUUAUCAAAAUAAUGUGGAUAAUUCAUUAUCUGAUGAUCUUACUCUUGUGAAGAAAUACAUAGAACCAGAUAGUUUGUUUUGGUUUUUCAUUGUUUUGUAUGGUUUUGGAUCUUUUUUCUUUGUUACAAUUUUGAAACUCUCGAAUUGUGAAACAUCACACUUAUUUAUACUCUUUAUUAGUGGAUUUAUUUGUUCAUUUUUUUACACUGGAAGUUUUGGUCUUAAGUAUCAUGCUUUAGGCGAAAUUGUUAUUGCUCUGGCAUUUGGCCCAAUAAGUGUUUUGUUUCCAUUUAUUGCUCAAACAGGAAUUGCAAGUUUUUUACCUGUGUUAUAUGUUAUUCCUUUAGUUAUAAACACAGAAGCAAUACUACACGGCAACAAUGCACGAGAUGCUGAAGAUGAUAAAAAAUCCGGGAUUGUAACCGUUUCAAUUCUUAUCGGGGAAAAGUAUUCACAUUGGUUUUAUACACUGCUACUGUUUUUGCCAUAUUUUUUUGUCUUUACUCUAAUUGCAAUAAAAUCCUUUUUUUUUUCAAUUACUUUUUUAACACUUCCAUUUGCUCUUAAACUAGAAAAUUGUUUUUGCCAAAAUUUAAAAUGCAUUCCUAAGCAAACUGCCAUGUUGAACCUAAACUUUGGGUUUUUUUACUUAUGUGCAUUUGUUUUAGAUUUUUUAUUUUAAAUAUAUGAUUUUAGUAAAAUUUCAUGAAUAAUGAAUAAUUAUAGCAUAAAUAUUUUUAAAAUUUUUACUCUAUGUUUAUCUAUUUUGAAAUUUUUACAGCUUAUAGGUAUAUAAUUUUUACUAUCUCUGAGGGAUAUAAUUAAAGAGCUACAUAUUAAUAUUUAUUUAUUUUAGAAUAACUAUUUUAAAAAUCUUUUUACUUUAUAUGAAGCAUAUAAAUAGUUACAUGUUAAUAUUUAGAGCAAUUUAAAAAAAAAUUUUUUUUUUUAAUAAAGUUUUUGUUUAUAUUUAAAAGGUAUUUCUUGGUUUUAUAAUUUGGUUAAUAAUUUAUUGAAAGAUUUUUUGGAAUUUUAUGUGUAUGUGUGUAUAUAUAUGAAUAUAUUAGCAUACUAAACUUAGCAUAAAUCAUUAUUGAUGACAUCAUUCUGAAAAAGAGAGCUACUGAAAAUAAAUAAUUAUGGGGCUUUUCCUCUAGAUGUAAAAGAUUUUUUUGCAAAAAAAAAUAUUUUU